AUUAUACACCGUGAUAUCGCUGCAAGAAAUACAUUAAUAGGUAAAAAUAACACGGCAAAAAUCUCCGAUUUCGGUUUGAGUGUACUGGGUGCUCAGAAAAAGGAAAAGACUCUCAAAAAGGUGCCAGUCCGAUACUUGGCUCCGGAGACUUUACAAACUCGAAGUUAUUCGACAAAAACGGAUGUUUGGACUUUUGGCAUCUUUAUGUGGGAGGUAUUCCAUGACGGUAUGACACCAUACGACGAGUUUCCCAACACGGCUGCUAUAAGAAAAUUUGUCCUUGCUGGCAACAGGCUCAACAACGAAUCAGAUCGAUAUCCUGAUUACCUAUGGACCCUGACUCAGGUGCCAGUCCGAUAUUUGGCUCCGGAGACUUUACAAACUCGAAGUUAUUCGACAAAAACGGAUGUUUGGACUUUUGGCAUCUUUAUGUGGGAG